UAGGCUGUGUUGCAUUUAAAGACCCACAAGCCACUUCACAAGCAAUUGUCAGAUACAACAUACUCCCCAUUAGAAAACCACUCAAACCUGUUUGACUCCCCCUCCAAUUUAUGGCUUCCUAGUUCCACAGAGAGACAGGGAGAGAGACUAUAUACUUGUUUCUGUUCUGUCUGUUCUCGGUUCAGUUCCGUUUCUUGUAUUUUUCCUUUAGUCCUCUGCGCAAGACACAGCUCAGCUGAAUACUUUUUAUUACAAGCAAAAUGAGAUAUAUUCGAACAGGCAGUUUGAAAAGACUCUUCUCAAUCAGACGCCGAAGUUUCGAUGAAGAAGUUCCAAAACACUGUGACUGUACCGAAGAUUAUAACAAUGAAACCUUGAAGAUUGUCUCAUCAACAGAGCCUUCUCACAGACCCACUUGGAAAUGCUUCUCCUAUCCAGAAAUCUUUGAUGCCACCAAUGGCUUUAGCUCAGAUAAUUUGGUUGGAAAAGGAGGGUAUGCUGAGGUUUACAGAGGGAUACUAGAAGAUGGUCAGGCAAUUGCUGUUAAAAGGUUAACAGAAGCAUCCACUGAUGAGAGGAAAGAAAAGGAGUUCUUGACAGAGAUUGGGACAAUUGGUCAUGUCUGCCAUCCAAAUGUGACAUCACUGCUAGGUUGCUGUAUUGACAAUGGGCUCUAUCUCAUUUUCCAGUUCUCCUUCAGAGGCUCUGUUGUUUCUCUGCUCCAUGAUGAGAAUUUACCGGUAAUGGAUUGGAAAACAAGGCACAAGAUUGCCAUUGGAACAGCAAGAGGCCUCCGUUACCUGCACAAAGGUUGUCCUAGAAGGAUAAUUCAUAGGGACAUCAAGGCUUCAAACAUUCUGUUGACUGCAGAUUUUGAACCUCAGAUAUCUGAUUUUGGGCUAGCUAAGUGGCUUCCGUCACAAUGGACUCAUCAUUCAAUCAUUCCGAUUGAAGGCACAUUUGGGCACUUAGCACCCGAGUACUUCAUGCACGGGGUCGUGGAUGAGAAGACAGAUGUGUUUGCUUUUGGAGUCUUUCUAUUGGAGAUCAUCUCAGGCAAGAAACCGGUUGAUGGGUCUCAUCAAAGCUUACAUAGCUGGGCCAAACCUAUACUGAACGAAGGGGAGGUUGAAAAGCUGGUAGAUUCAAGGCUUGGAGGGGCCUAUAAUGUCGCACAGCUUGAUAGACUUGCCUUUUCCGCAUCUCUCUGCAUUCGAUCUUCAUCCACAUGGCGGCCUUCCAUGAGUGAGGUUUUGGAGGUAAUGCUGGAAGGAAAAAUAGAUAAAGAGAGGUGGAAAAUGCCAGAGGAAGAAGAAGAGCCGGAACAGUUCUGGGGUUUUGAGGAUCUUGAAUGUGAAUGUGACAGUUCCUUCUCAACCUCUCCACAAGACUCAAUUUCAACCAGGAGUUGUUAGAACCAAAAACCACUUCCACUUCCACUUCCACUUCCAUCCAGAUGUUGAUAAGAAAAUCACAUAUGCAGGAAAAGUUAUAUAAACGGACCCAGUUAAAUAAACGGACCCAGUUAACGAGACUCUAAUCGCUGCGAAGUUAGAAGUAAGUUAAAUAAAUUUUCUUAUGCAAUUCGACCCCUUGCCGAUCACUAUUUAUAUUUGUAUGUAUAUAUAAGAUGGAAUUGUUGUAGCAGCCUUAUCUUUGAUGAUGGCCAACUCAUCACAACACUUUUUAAGAGCUUGAUUUGACUAUUCGAACUGGCAAAAAGGCCAAACUACAGGUUGGAAAGUUAUUGGAAAUUUGUAGAGAAAAAGUAUGCC